AUGUGGUAUUCAAUGAGAUGAACCCCAUUUGCUUUAGAAAGAGUUGUGAAAUUGUGAUGUAGAUGUUAUUGGGUAACAAAGUUAAAAAUGAACAUUGAAGGCAAUAGCAUCACACAACCUCCAUGUGAAGCAAGUGAGAAGAACAAGAUCGAGGAGAUGCAACAAGCACAAAAACAAAGAUCAUAAUUCUAUCCAAGAAAGAGAUCCUAUAAAGGUAAUGUGAUAAAUGAUACAUCUCCAGGGUAAGAAAUAUACAUGUUGUAUAUAAUGAUGGAAUUAACAUUGUUUUUGGUGCUACUAAUGAGUUUUGUUGUAAAGAAUUUUCCAAAGCAAUGUUAAGUAAACUUGAGAUGAUUAAAUGUAUUGGAAUUUCAAAUGAAAUUAUCCCAAAGAUGAGAUCUUCUCCAAUCAAAGGGAACAUACAAAGGAGAUGCAUAAGCAAUGGUCUCUCCAUUAAGUGUUGAUGGGAAUCAAGAUAACCCCACAUGUACCACGUCAAGAGAUUCAUUACACAUUCCAGGAGGUCCAGUCACGAGAGCUAGAGCUAGGAAGAUGCAAGAAGCUUUAAAUGGCCUUAUUGAGCAGAUCUGGGUUGAUAACAACAUGCAACAAGUAAAUCGAAGAUUGGAUGAUUAUCAAGGCAUGGUAAACAUCAUUCAAAUUUAAGAGAAGCUUAAUUGAGGUCGUUUAUGCUAAAUUACACAAUUUGCGUCAAAAUCUCGUAAUUUUGUCACAACUUGUAACAAACUAAUAUUUCAUGUUACUUUAGGUUACUUUCAGUGAUUUUCACGUUUUUUGUAUUAUUUUGGGCUGAACAUUCAUUUAUUUGAGGCCCAAUUGGUGGUUAUUAAGAUUAGGGCUUAGGGUGUUAGUUUCUUAUUCUGGUUAGAAUUACUUUUCCCUAUUUAAAAGCUUGUAACCCUAAUUAGGGGGAGCUAUUUUGAAUCUGAGAUUUUUAGAGACUUUUCUCUUUGGUUCGUUUCAGAACUUUAUAGAA